UCGGUGAGAUAUCAACACGCCUGCGCACGUAGAAUCUCAACACAUUGUCGUGGAUGUGGCGUUCUGACAAUUUCUGGUUUAUCUCUUCGCCGUAUGUAGAUCUAGAUCUACUAGCCGAAAUGGUGGAUUAGCAGAGGAGUACCGUCAACAAUCAUGUUUGUGUUGGGCUCAUUUCUUCAUCGUCACCGUUACUAUUUAUUUCCCCAGUGCUGUCGUGUGACGUUUCAGCUGGUGUUGAGCGGCUGAGAGAGGACACGGCUUGACAAUGGUGGAGGCUUUUGCUGGAACGAACCUUCAUCUAGGCGACAUCCUGGUCAUCGCCGGCUAUUUCGCCUUUGUUCUCUUUGUGGGCUUAUGGACCUCCAGACAGAACCGAGGCAGUGCAGGUGGCUACUUCCUGGCUGGCCGCAACAUGCACUGGAUCCCUGUGGGCGCCUCCCUGUUUGCCAGCAACAUCGGAAGUUUACAUUUUGUGGGGCUGGCGGGAUCUGGUGCGGCGGCUGGGAUCUCAGUGGCCAACUAUGAACUUAAUGCCAUGCUUGUUCUGGUUCUACUUGGAUAUAUUUUUCUUCCUGUAUAUAUAGCAUCGGGUAUCUACACCAUGCCACAGUACCUACAGCGGCGGUUUGGCGGUGUCAGGAUACAAAUCUUCCUCUCAGUACUCACCCUCAUCAUGUACAUCUUCACCAAGAUCUCCGCAGACCUGUACUCUGGUUCUAUAUUCAUCGAGCAAGCGUUGAACUGGAACAUGUACGGAGCUGUCUCCCUUCUGCUGGGUAUCGCGGCCAUUUUUACUAUAACAGGUGGCCUUACAGCGGUCAUCUGGACAGAUUUCAUCCAGACCAUCAUCAUGCUGGUCGGUGCCUUCGUUCUCAUGAUCAGAGCAUUCUAUGAGGUGGGUGGGUUCAACGCCAUGGUGGAGAAAUACCCCUCGGCUGUGGCAGAGAGUGCCUUGAUGAGCAACAACACCUGCGGCUUCCCGAGAGAAGACUACAUGCACCUGUUUAGGGACCCGGUGUCCAGUGACCUCCCCUGGCCGGGGAUCCUGGGGUUGACCAUCAACUCGAUAUGGUACUGGUGCUCCGAUCAGGUGAUUGUUCAGAGAGCUCUGGCCGCCAAGUCCUUCACCCACGCUAAAGCAGGGACGUUACUCUGUGGUUAUCUCAAAAUUCUCCCCCUGUUUUUACUUGUCUUCCCUGGAAUGAUUGCCAGAAUUUUAUACCCAGAUACCGUGGGUUGCGCUGACCCAGACACCUGCUACAAAUUCUGCGGGAGCGCCAGCGGAUGUUCCAACAUCGCCUACCCCACGCUGGUCAUCAACCUGCUGCCCGCUGGUGCCCGGGGCAUGAUGCUGGCCGUCAUGCUCGCUGCCCUCAUGUCCUCGCUGACCUCCAUCUUCAACAGCAGCAGCACCAUCUUCGCCAUGGACGUCUGGACUCACAUCAGGAGGAAGGCGUCGGAGCUGGAGAUAAUGAUUGUGGGCAGAGUGUUCGUGAUUAUCCUUGUGGCACUGAGCAUCAUCUGGAUCCCAGUCAUCAAGGCCAGUCAAGGGACUCAACUCUACGUCUACAUACAGGAAGUGGCUAGUUUUCUACAGCCCCCUAUCUGUGCAAUAUUUGUUCUGGGUAUAUUUUGGGAAAGAUUAAAUGAAAAGGGUGCAUUCUUUGGGCUGCUGAUUGGCUUUGUUGCUGGGAUUAUACGUUUCGCCAUCCAGUAUUCGUACACGGCGCCAGAGUGUGGCAGCACUGAGCCAGACCCCACCCCGGCGUUGGUGAAAAACUUCCACUACCUGUACUUCUCCAUUUUUCUGUGUUUCCUCACGGCACUCUCUGCUGUGGUCAUCAGCUGCUGCACAAAACCUGUUGAUGAAAGAUGUAUACAACGCUUAACCUGGAGCACCCGACACAGCACAAAAGCAAGGUUAGAUAUCAAAGACUGGCAGGAAGGGAGGGCUGAGAGUUUGAGGGAGACGGUUGAGGCUGAGGUGAACCAGGAUACAAAUCAUGAUCUGAAUAAAGAAAAUGGGAAAUCAGAAACUGAGGUUAAAGAAGAAAAUGGAAAAUUUGAAAUGGAAAUUAAAGAAGAAGUUACUUACAACAUGAGUGAAGAGAAAACUGCCGUCCCUUGCAGAGUUUUGAACUGGAUAUGUGGCAUUGACGCAGCCAGCAGGAACAAAUUAUCCCACAAGCAGAUGGAUGUUGUGGAUAUGUUAUCCAUCACUGAACCUUACAGACUGCGAGUAGCUAUAGCUGCUAUGGCCACAGUGCUAGUUGGGUCGUCUGUUUUCUUGUACGGGUUCUUCUACUAGGGUUUUAUGUGAACUUUAAAAACAAGAGAGUGCAAUCGGUGGAAGAAAUGUGACAUUGUUUAACAGUGCGUGGGUUAGUUUUUAUAUGUGCCUUGAGUUGCGGUUUUACACAUUUCUACAGGUUAACACAGUAGGAGAUGUUAGUUAACAUAAUGUGGAUAUAUUGUUGCAGGUUACAAUAGUGAAUAUGUCCCAGUCACCUACUGACCAUAGGGUUGUGUACCUUGUUGUGAACCUUGGGUUGUUAUUUUAUAAAAAUUUACAUGUAGCAAGGUCAAAAGAUUCCUGCAACUUUGUAAGAUUUUAAUUAAUUAAUUGUGUCUUUGUUUAUUCAAACAUAGCAAAAAUAUUAAUAGGGCUAAUAUAUAAUUUUUUUUACAAAACACUGUCUUAUAAAAGUUAUAAAUAGUUUUAAUAUAUUGAAUUUAAAACUGGGUCUGUACACAACUAGCCAUGUUGAUUCAGACAUAUCAUUAAGAAAAGUAUUAUUGACAAUAUUUAUAAGGUUUUUUUUUUUUAUAAACUGUAUCUUAUCUUCUCUAAAAAGAAAUUUUUUGCAAAUGUUACAGC